AAGAAGAAGAAAAAAGGGCAAAUUCGAAGGAUGAACAACCACCGUAUGACUCCGGAGGCAGCGGCGCAAUUCGGUGAUGGAAUUCAGAUGGUUCUUUCUCGGAGGGCUGCACUGCGGAUGGCCAUCGAAAACGGGUGGGGCGGCCGCGACUCUCUCCAGAAAUCGCAGCAGCUCGGCCACAACCUCUUCAAUUUCCUCUCUCAAUCGAAAGUGUAUAUUGAUGAUGUAGAGGAUAUACUUUAUGAAUUCAUGGACUCUCUCAAUACUGAGAUUCAGGACGGCAGUGUUGAGGAGGUUGCAGAAAAGUUUAUGGUAAUGCGUGAAGAAUGUUAGAAGGUCAGUUUGACUCGAUAAAGAAGCUG